AUGGUGGUGGCGGGACGGACAGGAGCGCGCCAGGGGAUGGCCCCCUCCAGCGGCGUGGCCGGGCGGAAGACAGCGCGGCGCGGCACCUCCCAGCCCGCCGCUGCCUGCCGGCGGAUGCCGCGCUCGCCACCCCAGCGCGGACCCGAGUCCCACACGCUACUGGGUGGCGGGACCGUUGGGCUCUGCGGCUGCCCGUACGCUACCGUCCCGUCUCCUCCCAUCCCACCCAUCCAUCCAUUCAUCCAUCCACCUAGUCCCGCCGGCUGGAUAGCUGCGGGGCAAGGCUACGGAGGGCGGCAGGACCGGGCGGCCACCGGGGAUCCCCGUGUGCGAUCCGCCUGGUGCCCCUCACAGUGCCGCCAACACCACCAGUCCCGCCGCCACGCACGCCAGCAGCCCCCACAGUCCCGGUCACAGAGCCCUCAGCCCCGCUGCCCAAAGCCGAACCUGCCGCAGAGUCCUCAGCCCUCAGCCCCGCUGCCCCGAGCUGACCCUGCCGCAGAGUCCUCAGCCCUCAGCCCCGCUGCCCAAAGCCGACCCUGCCGCAGAGUCCUCAGGCCGGAGCCCCGCUGCCCACCCCCCCUUGCGGCGCUCUCCCGCUCACCUGCAGGGCUGCGCGGCCGCGGGUAA